UUUGUAGGGUGAGGUGUAGGUGUGUUUGUGAGUGUGUAUGUGUGUGUUUGUGUGUAUGCGUGAGUGUGUGUGUGAGAGAGAGAGAAAGAGAGAGAGAGAGAGAGGAAGAGAGAGUGUGCGUGAGAUUGAGACAGACACAGACACUGCAUUGCUGCUGAUUCAGGAGUCUCUCCAGCAAAAACAUAACCACCAAGAUGCUGCUCUGCCUCGGACUGCCUGAUCCAUUUCUCCAUCAAAACAGCAGCAGGUGGAGGUCACAGAGGGGGAUUUGAGACCCUUCCUGCCGCCUGCGUGUUGCAUCCUCCCGCCUCCCGCAAAACCAGGAAUUCUUCUUCUUAUAUGUUGGCACUUGGCCUCUUUCCCCCGCAUCCUUUCUUUCCUUGGGUUUUGCCUCGGAUGGUUUUAAAGGAGACUUGCUUGCACCAAAACCUGCCUGAUUUGCUGUUCUGGACAAUAUUAUUCUCCCUAUUUUGCUCCAAUCCAGCCUCCAGAGCAGGAAGUCAAGAGGAUCCAGGUUCCAUGAGUCUCCCCCUUGAGAAAGUGUGAGCAGCAGAAAUUGACUCAAGCAGCUAUUUGGAUUUGGUGCAUUAUUUAAGGUGUUGUUGGGUUUUUUUUGUUUUGUUUCUUCCUCCCCUGGCGGCUGCUUCUCCUCCUCCUCCCUCUCUCUUUUUUUCACCUUUUUGAGAAUUUUCAAACUGAGUUACAUGCAUGUCCAGUGGGGGAAGGUUUAAUUUUGACGAUGGAGGGUCCUAUUGUGGAGGCUGGGAGGACGGCAAGGCUCACGGCCACGGAAUAUGCACCGGCCCCAAGGGUCAAGGAGAGUAUGCGGGUUCCUGGAGUCACGGCUUUGAAGUGCUGGGGGUCUAUACCUGGCCGAGUGGCAACACCUACCAGGGCACCUGGGCCCAAGGAAAGCGCCACGGCAUUGGUGUGGAGAGCAAAGGGAAGUGGGUGUACAAAGGCGAAUGGACUCAUGGAUUUAAGGGACGCUACGGAGUACGUGAAUGCACAGGCAAUGGGGCCAAAUAUGAAGGCACCUGGAGCAAUGGUCUUCAGGAUGGUUAUGGGACAGAGACCUACUCGGAUGGAGGGACAUACCAAGGCCAGUGGCUUGGAGGGAUGCGCCAGGGAUAUGGUGUCCGGCAGAGCGUACCGUAUGGCAUGGCUGCGGUUAUCCGAUCCCCACUAAGGACGUCCAUCAAUUCUCUGCGCAGCGAACACACCAAUGGCACAGCGCUGCACCCAGAUUCUUCGCCUGCCCUGGCCGGAAGCCCUGCCGUCUCCCGGGGCGGCUUCGUCCUGAUGGCUCACAGCGAUGCCGAGAUCCUCAAGAGCAAGAAAAAGGGCAUCUUCCGACGCUCCCUCCUGAGCGGGCUCAAGCUGCGCAAGUCCGAAUCCAAGAGUUCCCUGGCCAGCCAGAGGAGCAAGCAGAGCUCUUUCCGCAGCGAGGCGGGCAUGAGCACGGUCAGCUCCACGGCCAGCGACAUCAACUCCACCAUCAGCCUGGGUGAAGGGGAGGCCGAGCUCUCCGUCAUCGAAGACGACAUCGACGCCACCACCACCGAGAUCUAUGUGGGCGAGUGGAAGAACGACAAGCGGUCGGGCUUCGGGGUCAGCCAGCGCUCCGAUGGGCUCAAGUACGAAGGCGAGUGGGCCAACAACAAGCGCCACGGCUACGGCUGCAUGACCUUCCCAGACGGCACCAAGGAGGAGGGAAAGUACAAGCAGAACAUCCUGGUGAGCGGCAAGCGGAAGAACCUCAUCCCGCUAAGGGCCAGCAAAAUCCGCGAGAAGGUGGACCGAGCCAUCGAGGCAGCCGAACGGGCAGCCACCAUCGCCAAACAGAAAGCGGAGAUUGCGGCUUCCAGGACAUCCCACUCCAGGGCAAAGGCAGACGCAGCUGUGACAGCGGCGCAGAAGGCGCAGGAGGAGGCUCGGAUUGCCAGGAUCACUGCCAAAGAGUUUUCGCCUUCCUUCCAGCACAGGGAGAACGGACUUGAGUGUCAGAGGCCAAAGCGGCAGAAUUCAAGUGACGACAUUGAGGUCCUUUCGACAGGGACGCCGCUCCAGCAAGAAAGCCCAGAGCUCUACAGGAAAGGAACGACGCCUUCGGACCUCACCCCUGACGACAGCCCCCUGCAGAGCUUUCCCGCCAGCCCCUCCUCCACCCCACCUCUGGGUCCCUCCUGUAGAAACAAGAGCGCCCACUUCUCCAGGCAAGUGUGCAUGGACGAAGAGAGGGGCGGGGAGAUCCAAAUGUUGCUGGAGGGACGUGGCAGGGACUAUAUGAGACCCAACAGCUGGGGCGAAGACAAGGAGGGCAGGGCACACGGCGUGAGGGGCGGGGCCUUGCGCAGUGGCCAGCCGGGCUCCUCGGAAGACUAUCGGGGCCGAAGCGGCGGGCACAAGCACGUGGCCUCCAACCACAAACAGCGGGAGAGGUGGACAGACCCCCCGGGCACAGUUUCAUGGACUCACCACCGACCCCACCACCACGGCUCGGGGAGCAACAAGCUCCUUGAGCUGGACGAGGAGAAGCUGAGCAACUACGAGAUGGAGAUGAAGCCUCUCAUGAGGAUGGAUUCUUAUAUGCAAGAAAUACACUCCCAAAAAAGACAUUAUAGCAAAAUGGGCCCCAGCAGGAGCCUCGCGGAGGACCACCACGGGGAAGACCGGGGCUUUGGAGUCCAAAGACUGAGGUCUAAGUCCCAAAACAAGGAGAACUUCAGGCCAGGGCCUUCUACCGAGCCAACAGUGCAGAAACUAGAAAGUCUGAGGUUUGGGGACAAAGGGGAACCCCGGCUAUUGAGGUGGGACUUAACCUGCUCCCCGCCACAGAAAUCCUUACCUGUUGCACUAGAAUCGGAGGAGGAAAAUGGGGAUGAGCUCAAAUCCGGUGCGGGCUCAGCUCCAAUCCUGGUAGUCAUGGUGAUCUUGUUAAACAUUGGAGUCGCCAUUUUGUUUAUUAACUUUUUCAUCUAACUCGAGACUGUCUUGUUUGCAAAAAUUAACAGAUUAAUAAUAAUAAAAAAGGUGUAUGAAUGGGGGAAUGAUGAAGCAAAUGACAAAAACAAAACAAAAAAACCAUGGGAAAGAUGGCAUCUUUUUGAACUGUCCUGCGACAACUUCCAAGUCUUUUCACAGAUGAACAACAAGAUUGAGUAUCACUCACAGUUUGCCUUUUUUUCCUGGGUAAUGUUUUUUGGAUUUUAGCCAAAAUUCUUUGCUUGUAUAACACGUAUGCUGUGUGGCAUGGCAGACUGGUACCAGCACUCCACUCCUCCCCAGCGCUAGGCAGGAUGGGGGCUCCUCAGUGUAAUUACUCAGCAAAUCUUCAUGGAUGGUGGGAAAGGCGUUCAUGUCAGCUGCAUGAUUCUGGGAGGGAGGGUCCUCUCGCUGUUGGAUCAUAGGGGAAAUCCAGAGCUGUGUCCUGGGAUAGCCACGUUGUGUGAAAUGGCUGGCCCAGGUCAGCAUGGUUAUCAGAUUAUGUGCUCGUCACUCAAUAAAAGUCCAAACUCCAGGAUCUGCAUGUAUUGGGAAGUUGAGAGGAAACACCUAAGUAAUUUUUGCCACUUAGCAAAAAGUUAUUAACCAAUCUUUUUUCUACUUCAUUCAAAAAAAGGGAAAUCUGAAUUGAAUGAUGCCUGCUUAAGACGGGAACAAAUUCCAUCCUAAUAAAAGUAUUUAAUAUGUUAAAAAGGCAAUGGGUCUUAAGCUCUAGAGGCCCCUAAAUUCCAAAAUGCUCCUCUGAGGAUCCCAUCCAAAAUCAUUAUUAAGGACUUAAGAAGUCACAAUACCAAAUUUAUAAAAGUUGCACAUAAACACAUGGAACUGAAAAGAUGUCUUGGCUCAGGUAAAACCCUGUACCUAUAAUUUAGGGAAAUUACCAGUCUCACCCAGUGCUUCAGAAACUUUUCAGUCACAAACUGGCAUGUGUUAAAACUUGACCCAGAAAGAUUUUUAAGAUGACCAAAGUUCUCCUAGGAUUUUUUUUUUGUCCAGCUAUCUGCUGGAACCCCAAUCUUCAUUGGGUCCAGCCUGCUAGAGGCCACUCUUCUGCUGUGCUGGAAUGCAGUGGUGUUAAAGGAGAAACUCUCUUGCUUUCCGUCUUCCAUCACGAAUCACAGCUGCACCUGGCU